AUGGAGAGGAAAAGAAGGACGAAAAAGAGGGAGAAGGCAAAACAGGUGGAAAAAGAGAUUGAGACUCAAGAAAAGUGUGAAUCUGUGGCGAAAACUGAAUCAGCUGACGAACAACUUUCAAAGAAAGAGGAGAAACAGGUAUUGGGAGAAUCAGGGAAAGAAGAGUUGAAAGAAGAUCCUGAUAAAUUGGGAACAACUGCAAGUGCUGAGAAGAAAGCAUCUCCUAAAGAAGAGAAGGGAAAGGAGGAAACAGAAUCAACUAAAAGUGAUGAAAAAGGAAUUGAUGUUAAUGAGAAAGUGGCAUCAUCUGGAGUAGAGAAGAAAGAUGAACCUGUGUCCAAUGAAAACAAAAUUGAAGAAAAAACUGUGGAGGAGCAAAAAAUCGAAAAGUUGAAGAAUACAGGUAUCAAAGAAGAAAUUCAAGAGAAGGGCUUCAAAGGUGAUGAAAAACAGCUAGAAAGUAAAUUGAAGGAAUCUGAUGACACUAAAAAGUCGGUGGAAAGUGGGAAAGAACCCACUGAAAAUAAAGAAAAACUUGGAGAUGAAUCUGCUGAUGUUUGUAAGAAACCGGAAGGAAGUAGCACAAAAACUGAGGAUCCAAAUCAGAAGAAAGAAGACACUGGGAAGAAAGAUGUUGGGGAAGUAAAACAGGAAAGCACACUGACAAAAGAGGAGAUAGCAAAGACCAAAGAGGAAUUGAAUGAGGUGGAAAUCAAGGAAGUAGACUGCAAAGAAAUGAAAAAUACUUCAAAACCAGAGGAAAGUGGAAAAGGAGUUGAAGAAAACACAAGUAGUUCACAAGGAAAUAAAUCACCAGACAAACAGAAGCAGGUGACAGAGUUGGGGAAGUCAAAAAUCGCUGAGAAACCCACACAGUUUGAUACAAACAUUAUCAAAACGUUGGAGAUUGGAGCAAGUCAGCUAGUUGAUGAUACUACUAAAACUGCAAUCAAAUCCAGUGAAGAAACUAGUGGAAAGAACGAAAUAAAAUCUGAGGAAAAGAUUGAACAAACUAAAGAUAAAACAGAUACCAAAGUAACAGAUGAAAAGCAAGGCGAUAUGAAAAGCACUGAAUCAAAAGUUAUGAAUGGUGUUGAAACAAGUAGUCAGAAGGACGAUGGAAAAGAUUCCAAAGGUCAGUUAGAAAAAAAUGUCACAAAUGGUGACAUUAGUACAUCCAAUAUCAAAUUAGACCACUGA